GAGACAGGUUUGGAAAACCAGUCGUAAUUGAACUCCACACUCAUAACGUUUCCAACAUAGAAAAAUAUUCGAAUUCAGUAUUCGUCCCACGAACUGCCGAGGGUAGAACUAAGUUAGUUAGUGAGCAACAGUGAAGUGCAUUAGUUCGCUAGAUAAUCCGAGAGAGUUGGUGAAACCGAGAAUUCAAGUGUAUUCAAGAACAACUUGCCGACGAGAAAUCAAAAUGCGAGUUAGAAUCCUUCCUUUAUCUUGCCUGAUAUUUUUGGCAACAACAGUACACGCAGCUUUACCAACAUGUUUGACAGAAAACGAUAGUGCACAAUUCCCCAGUAAAACCGAUCAUCUGAAUCUAUACAGCAGCGAGCAGGCUUUUACAGUCUCCUUGUUGGACGCCAUCAACAAAGCAACUCCAUCUGAAAAUAUAUUUUUCUCACCGUACAGUACGUUCCACGCAUUACUACUUGCCUAUUUCGGUUCAAGCCAGGAAACCGAAGCCAGUCUUAAAAAUGCCUUGCGUAUCAACUGGGCCCAAAACAAGAUGCAAGUGAUGCAUGCAUACCGUCAUGAAAAGCAGCUUAGAGCUAGGGCAGCAAAGAAUUCAUCAAUUGAAUUUAACAGUGCCGAUAAAAUUUACGUAUCUAAGGAAACUGAACUACGAGAUUGCAUGAAGAAUGUAUUCAAUGAGGAAUUGGAGACAAAAGAUUUCUUACAAGCACCUGAAGAAAGUCGUAACGAUAUCAACAAAUGGGUGGAAGGUGUGACACGCGGUCACAUUAAGGAUAUUUUAGUCCCUGGUACGAUCACACAGCUAACUAAAUUGGUUUUGGCAAACGCAGCGUACUUUAAAGGAAGCUGGUCCAACAAAUUCAAUCCAGACAACACCAGGAAGGACGUGUUCUACUCAUCCCCAGACAAGCAAACUUUUGUAGAUAUGAUGUACAAAAAAGGAACAUUCAAUCACGGCUUAAACGAGCGUCUUGGUGCUCACGUGUUGGAACUUCCUUAUGAAGGAGAAGACCCCCGCAUGUCCAUGAUCAUUUUCUUGCCUCCCUUCGAUGUAAAUGGCGUUGAAAACGUUCUGAGCAAAUUGACACCCGAAUCCCUGGAGCAAGCACUAAACGAAGGCAUGCCACGUGAAAUUGAAAUUAAAUUGCCAAAAUUUUCUUUUGAGAAAAGUGUGGAAUUCAGACCGGUCCUCGAAAGGAUUGGUGUGGGUAACAUCUUUGAACCUUCAGCAAAUUUCAGUGGUUUCUCGGAAAAACAAAACUUAAAUCUUGACGAUGCCAUUCAUAAGGCAAAAAUUGAAGUUGAUGAGGAAGGAUCAACUGCAGCAGCUGCAACUGUACUAUUUAGCUUCAGAUCGUCCAGACCAUUGGAACCGGCACAAUUUUUCUGUGAUCAUCCAUUCUUGUUUUUGAUCUAUGACGUCCAGUCGCGUGCUAUUCUAUUUGCUGGUAUAUACCGUGGACCAGAAAAAUAAUGUAUGACUAUAUACAUGUAUCUGUAGAUUUUUAAGUAUUUUUUUUUAAUGAAAAUCGUUAUGAUAACAUUUUUGUAGUGUGUGUACUUUGCUUAUUAUGAUAAAAAUGUAUUUAUUGAAUG